UCAAGUUUCUUAGGUGCAAGCUGGUUACUUCGUCUUUGAUUUAUUAUAAACAAGGGAGCUGCUUGCAGACUUCUAUUACUUCAAAGAAGAUAGAAAUAGAGAUGGCUCCUCGAAAAGCUUCAAUGCUUCCGUUUCUAGUUUUUCUUCUCUCUUCGUCCUCGUUGGCAACAUCAUCUCACACCCACGAGGAUUUUCUUCGAUGCCUUUCCCUCUAUUUUGAGGAUCCUGUAGCCAUUUCGAAGGUUGUUUACACCUCAAACAACUCUUCGUAUUCCUCUGUCUUGCACUUCUCAAUACGAAACCUCAGGUUUAAUUCUUCUAAACUAAAACCUCUGGUCAUAGUCACACCAAUGGAUCUGUCGCAUAUUCAGGCUACCAUUCACUGUUCCCGACACCACAAUUUACAAAUUAGGAUGAGGAGUGGUGGCCAUGAUGUUGAGGGUCUAUCAUACAGCUCUGUUCUCCCAUUUGUUGUCGUUGAUAUAAUCAAUCUUCGAACCAUCACUGUUGAUGCAACGAAUAGAACUGCAUGGGUUCAGGCUGGUGCAACGCUAGGCGAACUUUAUUAUAGAAUUGUUGAGAAAAGUAGAACUCUCGCUUUCCCUGCAGGUUCUUGCCCUACUGUAGGUGUUGGCGGACACUUCAGUGGAGGAGGGUAUGGGCUGAUGCUCCGCAAAUAUGGACUUGCUGCUGAUAAUAUAGUUGAUGCUCAAUUAAUAGAUGCUAAAGGCAGGAUUCUUGACAGAGAAUCAAUGGGAGACGACUUAUUCUGGGCCAUUCGAGGGGGUGGAGGAAAUAGCUUUGGAGUGGUUGUUGCUUGGAAAAUAAACUUGGUUGAAGUUCCAUCUACAGUGACCGUCUUCACUGUCGUAAGAAACUUGGAACAAAACGCAACCAAGCUAAUCCAUCAGUGGCAAUACGUUGCAAAUAAGCUUCCUGAAGAUCUCUUCCUUACAGCGGUUAUAGGAAGUGUUAAUUCUAGCCAAGGAGGAAAUACAGCAGUGCAAGCUAUGUUUAUUUCCCUAUUUCUUGGCAAGGCUGACCAGCUUCUUCUGUGGAUGCACGGGAGCUUUCCUGACCUCGGUAUAGUAAGAGAUGACUGCAUCGAAAUGAGCUGGAUUGAGUCCAUCCUCUACGUUAAUGGAUUCCCAAGGAAUACAUCCGUGGAUGUGUUGCUCGACAGGAGUUCCCAAUCCUUAAUAAAUUUCAAAGUAAAAUCUGAUUAUGUGAAGGAGCCAAUGGCUGAAAUUGUAUUGAAAGAGAUAUGGGAAAGGUUUUCUGACGAAAACAUCGAGGUGCCUGCAAUGACUUUCAUUCCUUAUGGAGGAAAAAUGAAUAAGAUUUCAGAGUCUAGCAUUCCAUUUCCGCAUAGAGCUGGUAAUCUAUACAAAAUUUCCCAUACGGUGGCUUGGAGUGAAGAAACCGCAUCAGAAAGGCAUCUAGCUUGGAUCAGAAGGCUUUACAGUUACAUGACUUCUUAUAUUUCGCAAAAAACUCGAGAAGCAUAUGUCAAUUAUAGGGAUCUUGACAUCGGAAUGAAUAACCCUGCAGGCAGCACAAGUUAUAGACAAGCAAGCAUCUGGGGUAGGAAAUAUUUCAAGAACAACGUCGACAAGUUGGUACGAGUGAAGACUGAAGUUGAUCCUGCAAAUUUCUUUAGAAAUGAGCAAAGCAUACCACCUCUCUCACCAUGGUGAUCAAAGGAAGAGUAUGAGCUAAUAACAUUUUUCUUGUGUUUUCAAUAUCCAUAAUGUUUGCUUCAAGUUCAAUAUACAAUUUGAUCAUGCAGUAAAUAGGGCCAGUAGAGACAUAUUGUAAAUAAAAGUUCAUUUUCAAAUC